CGGUCAUAAUUCAAUAUGAGUCUCCCCCAUUUUUAUUUUAUUUAUUUUUUAAGAUAUAUUUCACAGUCACCUCAAGGAACUUUAUAUUGUAGGUUAAAACAUCACAACAUAAAAACCCUAAAGGGAUAGAAAUGGUCAGCAGCUGUACUAAGGUAGGCUGAGGUAUUUAAAUGAUGCUCAGUUGGGGCCCGAAGUAUCCCCUGCAACAUGAAUACAUGCAUCCUUGUAUCACCAUUGAUACAAGGAUGCAUGUAUUCAUGCUUUCAUGUUGUUUGGGUCAAAGUAUGACCCCACCAUACAAAUGUUGCAGCAGAAAUCGGGCACUGUUUUUUUUUGUUUUGUUUUGUUUUGUUUUGUUCAAAUGCAGUGAUCGUAUGCAAACUGUAGUCUGUUUCCUGUUCUUAGCUGUGGCCUUCCAAUUAAAGGUUCAACAUGGUGUGCAGUCAGAGAUGCUUUUCUACAUACUAUGGUUUUAACAAGUGGCUAUUUGAGUUACCAUUGCCUUUCUAUCUGCUUAAGCCAGUCUGCCCAUUCUCUGACCUCUAGCAUCAACAAGGCCUUUUCUCUCACAGAUCUGCUGCUCACUGGAUAUUUUCUUUUCUUCCCUGACAAUUCUUUGUAAACCCCAGACAUAGGAAAAUCCCAUUUAAAUGAUCAGUUUCUGAAAUACUUAGCUCAUCCCAUCUGUCAGUACCAACCAUGCCAUGUUCAAAAUCACAUUUGUUCCCUCUCUAAUCUUAAAUUGAUUUGAAAUUUAGCAGGACAACCUCCAAAUUCUUCAUAUUAAAUCUCUUAACAAAUUUGAAUAAAUUAUAAUAUAAUCCCAUGACCUAGCUAAUAUAAACUCACCACCUGUAGGCUUGAGUGGGGGCCCUCUCUUGACAAAAACAUUACUGUAGCCAACAAGGUGUCAGUCUGUAAAUCAACCAGCAAUAUUUGAAAAAUAAAGCAGCUCAAUGAUGUUCAGAGUUGACAUUAAGAAAUUUAGUCCAGAAAUAUAUCGUGAAGACUUUUUAAUCAUUUGGAAGAAAAAGCUGAACAAACACUUUAAAAUUAGCCUCACGUGUUAGCAUAAAUUUAAAUCCAAUCGUUUUCCUGCUUGUUUAUUGAUUGACUUAUUGUCUAAAUGUGACUACUUUACUAUAUAACGACAUGAAUGUGUACACACUUACCAAAAUAUUUUACAUACUUUUCUUAUACAAAAAAAGCCGUUAGGCUAGCUUAGUUAAACUGGCUAAUCUUGACUAAAUGUACCUAAAUACAAUAAUAUUAAAACAUAAAAAUGGCAGCAACUUUCAGACUCAAGCUUUCAUGGUUGCCAAAAAAAUUAAAAAUGAUUGCAUAUAACUCAAUAAGCACAGAUAGCUAAGUAAGCUGAAGCGCUAACCUUGCUUACGUCUACAGUACUAUACAUGUCUUUUUGGCUUCACAAAGAUUAAAUAAACAAUGGGUCACAAAUCAGAAUUUAAACAGUAUUUUCUAUAAUCCACACAGGUUUAGUUAUACAUAGAGCCUCAGAUUGACCAAUACUCCAAACAAUGAGGAAGUCCAUGGAUCUCAGUGAAGAUCUAUGACGCUGUACUGUAGAUUUACAGAAAUUGGGAAGAAUUAAGAGUACCUUCUAAUUCUUCAACUUUACCUCAAAUCAACAGCUGGAUGAAUGAAUCUUUAAAAUAUUGAGAAGUUCCACCUGGACAAUGAUCCCAAACACACAUCAAAACUGGUUUUGGAAAGUAGGCUUACAUCCAGCUUCUGGGAUGGCCUUUCCAAAGUACCAACCUCAAUCCUAUUGAAAAUUUGUGAACGAAGUUUAAAAUCUGUGUCUGUGACAGGCAACCAACUAAUUUAAAUGAACUUUACCAAAACUGAUCAAAUUUCCAGCCAGAAUUGUGCUUGAAGCUUGUUUAUAGCUACUAAAAGCAUCUGGUUGAGGUGCAGCUUGCUAAGGGAUAUUUAACCAAAUAUUACAUUUGACUUCUGUAUGUAUGCUUUUGACCCUCUGUGGAUUAGAGAAAAUGCAAAACACACUCAAACUUUUGCACAAAAUUUGUGUUUUUUUAAAUAUAUUAAAGAUUCACAAUCAUUCCAUUAACAUUAUUAUAAUGAUGAUGAUGAUGAUGAUGAUCGCUGAGCUGUAUUAAGCUGUUGUGUAACCACAGAAAAGCGGUAACACUGAGUAGACAUGGAGCAGGGUGCACCCGGAGCUGAGUAGUAUAGUUCAGGGACGCACACGCCCACAGAGCAUCUGCAGCAUUGUGCUACAGCCAUGCGCUGCCCUCCUCUGAUCCAGGGACAGCUUGAAUACCGGCAGCAUGGAGCACAUGUCCUCUCCCGUCAGAUUUCGCAGCAAUAAAAAAGCUUCAACUUUCUCGGGCAAGGAGUUGUCCAGUCUGUCCAUAAGGGACCAGGAGGACAUGCAGUAUCCUUAUGCCAUGAGGGAUUUGCCUCUCAUGUCUCACUCUGGUGAACAGCACCAGAGACCAGGCCACUAUGGAGCAGAAGGCAUUGGGAGCCCCAUCAACGGGAGACACCUCAGCCUUCCUGGGACUCCCUCUCUGGUCCGCACCAUCCCCUUCCACCCCAGGGGCUCUCCAGCAGUCCCUCCCAGGCAUAAUCACAUGGGACUAGAUCCAGAAUUUCAGCAGCUACCGCUGAGGAGGCAGAUUGUUUCUCAGGUGUCUCUGGACUCGCCGCUCAGCCCUUCCAUGCGCCCACGUAGCCCCUGGGGACGCUUUGACCCCUACGACUCUCCUGAGGAUCAGGACAAGGAGUACGUAGGUUUUGCCACAUUACCAAACCAGGUCCACAGAAAAACUGUGAAGAAAGGCUUCACAUUCACACUCAUAGUCGCAGGGGAGUCCGGUCUCGGUAAAUCCACACUAAUCAACAGUUUGUUCCUCACGGAUCUUUACAAGGACAGAAAAGUUCUCAAUGCUGAAGAGCGGAUCAGUCGAACAGUCGCCAUCAUCAAACACACCGUUGGCAUUGAGGAGAAAGGAGUCAAACUGAGGCUCACCAUCAUAGACACGCCAGGGUUCGGAGAUGCCGUCAACAACACAGAAAGCUGGAGGCACAUAGACGACUACAUCGACCAGCAGUUUGAACAGUACUUCAGAGACGAGAGCGGGCUGAACAGAAGAAACAUUCAGGACAACAGAGUCCACUGCUGCCUCUACUUCAUCUCACCGUUCGGACAUGGCCUUCGACCUCUGGAUGUGGACUGUAUGAGGGCGCUUCAUGAAAAAGUCAACAUAAUUCCUGUGUUGGCCAAAGCUGACAGCCUGACACCAGCAGAGGUCUGCAGAAAGAAGAUGAAGAUCAGGGAGGAGAUCAAGCAGUUUGGGAUAAACAUCUACCAGUUUCCUGAAUGUGAUUCAGAUGAGGACGAAGACUUCAAGACACAGGAACAGAUACUUAAGAACAGCAUCCCAUUUGCUGUGAUUGGGAGUAACGUACAGGUGGAGAGCAAAGGUCGAAAGUUCAGGGGUCGCGUCUAUCCCUGGGGCGUGGUAGAAGUGGAGAACCCGGCUCACUCCGACUUCCUGCUGCUGAGGAACAUGCUGGUGAGGACGCACAUGCAGGAUCUGAAGGACGUGACGCGGGAAAUUCACUAUGAGAACUACAGAGCUCAGUGCAUCCAGAACAUGACACGCAUGGUGGUGCUGGAGAGGAAACGCAGUUUGCGUGAGAAAUAUCGGGACGGUAGUGAGGCAGACUUUCCUCUGCCUCUGGCCGUCGCUGACACUGAGAAGGAAAGACUGAUCUAUGAAAAGGAUGAAGAGCUGAGAAAGAUGCAGGAGGUGCUGGAGCGGAUUCAGGAGCAGAUGCAGCACAGUCAUAGAGGUGGCUGCUGAUUCUCACCGUACAUCCCUGAAACAGGAGCCAGACGAGGAGCACCCAGAGUCACAGAGGAGGCCUUGGCAAUUGGCAAGCUUGAAACUGAGUCUAAUUGUUCUUACUUAGGAUAACUUGCAGUGAGAAUCAUAGUUGGAAUCGCGACUUUCCAAAGAUACUAGAAAAGAUUUCCCUGUUUUUUCCAGAUCUAACUCCCAAUCUAACCUCCUAAUCCUAAACGCCUUUAGAAAAGAAAAAUCAUGAACUUUAUCCUAAAACAUUCUAUAACUAUUAAGGAUACUGCAAGGACAUGCAAGUCAAAAGCUCAGUAUUGCUGUUUCGGAGCAUCUCAGCAGGAUAACUGAUUUGGACUUUGGAAUGAGUCACCCAUUCGAAAAACCAGAGUGCUCCAACUGUUUUAGUCACAUGCUAGCUAAAAAAGGAACACGAGUCAGUGUUUUAAAUAGAGUUUAUAGACCAACACUAUGGCAUAUGUAAAUAUAAGAUGUGAUCCAAUGCAAGCAGUCACCCAACUCCUGGAUGUGUGGAAGAAUUGCUCUCCAUUCCUGGAUGAGCAGCCUGCAGCUGUACAAUGAUAAUCGAUUGCUGCUGUUCAAGUUUAUUUAUAUAGCACCAAAUCUCAAUAGCAGUCGCCUCAAGAUGCUUUUUAUUAUAAGGUAAAGACCUUACAGUAAUACAGAGAAAACUCCAACAAUCAGAAACCCCCCUAUUAGCAAACUUUUGGCGACAGUGGGAAGGAAAACCCCUCUUCUAACUGGCGGAUCCACGCUCAGGGAGGGGCUGGUUUGACUGGUUGGGGUGUGUUCAUCAUGCAAAAGACACACUGAUGAACACGCUGACCCAGAAUGUCCCAGACAUGUUUGAUAGGAGACAUAUUGGUGCUAAAUGAUAAGGACGUGUGUGAAAAUGAUCCUGAUCCAGAAAAACCAGCUCUGCCCUGACAUUGUCCUCCUGAACAGCAGGAGGCACCGCUGCCUCUUGUACAGCUUGGAGCACCUCGUCUUCAGACAUCUGUUGCAAAGCAAAGAGUGAAAACAUAUUUCACCACAUAACACUUGCAUUUCUUUUUUAUGACUGGUAGAUUUGUUUCUUUAUCAUGUGAACAUGAUCCCUUUAUCAGCAACCUCGUUAAUGGACCAAAGCUGCCACAAACAAAAUAAAUACAUCAUUCAUUUGGUAAAGAAGUUAUUCAAAACAAAUAUGUUGAUAUUUAUUUUACUUUUCUUCCGUAUUUAAAUUUGUAAUGAGCCCUCACACUUCUAAAUUACUGAAAGCAAAAAGGUUCAACCCCUGCGUCUAACACACGAUCCCUCUGACAUGUGCAGUAGGUGAAAAGUUGCUCCACUUCGAUCGACAAUUUUUCUAAUUUGCAUAAUGAUGCAGAAACACGUUACCAAAAAAAAGUAUUUUUUUUAUUUUAUGGUGUUUUUAUUUAACAAGUUAUUUGUUCAUUUAAUUUUGAUCAUGGUAGUUUUAGGCCUCCAUAUCAUACUGCCAUCUAGUGUUCACUGUAGCAAAGUAAGUUUUUUUUUUUUUUUAAUGUUUCAACAAACAGUUUUUCAUGCUUUUAUUUCUUGUGAGUUGACUU